CGUAUGGCAACACCAUUUUCGCAAUUGUUUUUGUUUUCCCCAUUGGAGCAGCUUCUUCCCUUCAGUUAGUCGGUGCGAGCGCGAGAAGUUUCAUUGAGUUGACAAGCGCAGUGAAACACGAAAAUAUUAUUGCUUCAAAGGAAACCACUGAGACCUGCUACAUCCCAUUAAAAUGGCGAGCAUGAUGCGUGUACCAUCGAUUUUGGCCAAGAAUGCAGCGACCAUGCUACGCACUGCAUCUGUUGUGUCACAGCGAGAACUGCAUAUAACCCAUGGUAAAAAUGAUGCCAAGGUUCGCACCGACGCCAUCUCAAAUGAGUACCCCAUCGUCGACCACUCAUACGAUGCGAUUGUUGUUGGAGCAGGUGGUGCUGGUUUGCGAGCCGCUUUCGGUUUGGUCGCCGAAGGUUUCAAAACAGCUGUCAUCUCCAAGUUAUUUCCCACCCGUUCGCACACUAUCGCCGCACAGGGUGGCAUCAAUGCCGCGCUCGGCAACAUGGAGGAGGACGAUUGGAAAUGGCACAUGUACGAUACGAUAAAGGGUUCCGAUUGGUUGGGCGAUCAAGAUGCCAUUCACUACAUGACCCGCGAAGCGCCAAAAGCCGUCAUUGAGUUGGAGAACUAUGGUAUGCCUUUCUCGCGCACACCCGAAGGUAAAAUCUAUCAGCGUGCUUUCGGUGGUCAAAGUUUAAAAUUCGGCAAGGGCGGCCAAGCGCAUCGUUGCUGCGCAGUGGCAGAUCGUACAGGUCACUCGCUACUGCAUACACUCUAUGGUCAGUCGUUGAGUUAUGAUUGCAACUACUUCAUUGAAUAUUUCGCGCUGGAUUUGAUAUUCGAGGAUGGCAAGUGCAAAGGUGUGUUGGCACUGAAUCUGGAAGAUGGCACACUGCACCGUUUCCGCGCACACAAUACUGUCAUUAGCACCGGCGGAUAUGGACGUGCUUUCUUCUCAUGCACCUCCGCGCAUACCUGCACAGGUGAUGGCAACGCGAUGGUGGCACGCCAAGGACUGCCUUUGCAGGACUUGGAAUUCGUACAGUUCCACCCAACUGGUAUCUACGGUGCUGGAUGCCUAAUGACUGAAGGUUGCCGUGGUGAAGGUGGCUACUUGGUGAACUCAAAGGGUGAACGCUUCAUGGAACGUUAUGCGCCGGUUGCCAAGGAUCUGGCCUCACGCGAUGUUGUUUCACGUUCAAUGACCAUUGAAAUUAUGGAAGGACGCGGUGUGGGACCCGAAAAGGAUCACGUUCAUUUGCAAUUGCAUCACUUGCCACCAGACCAAUUGGCUCAACGUCUGCCUGGUAUCUCCGAAACUGCAAUGAUCUUCGCCGGCGUCGAUGUGACACGUGAGCCAAUCCCAGUUCUGCCGACUGUGCACUACAAUAUGGGCGGCAUCCCAACCAAUUAUAGGGGACAGGUGCUGACUAUCGAUGAAAAAGGCUGCGAUAUAGUUGUUCCCGGCUUGUAUGCUUGCGGUGAGGCUGCCAGUUCAUCGGUGCAUGGUGCUAACCGGCUGGGCGCUAACUCGUUGCUGGAUUUGGUGGUCUUCGGACGUGCCUGUGCGUUGACAAUUGCCGAAGAGAACAAACCUGGUGUGCCAGCACCUAGUGUGAAAGAUAAUGCUGGGGAGGAAUCAGUUGCUAAUAUGGAUAAGAUCAAACAUAACAAUGGUAAAAUCACCACCGCAGAUUUGCGAUUGAAAAUGCAAAAGACAAUGCAAGGACAUGCCGCCGUAUUCCGUGAUGGUCCCAUACUGCAGAAGGGCGUUGAGAAGAUGAAGGAUAUCUACAAGGAAUUCCAAGAUAUCAAAGUCGUUGACAAAUCGAAUGUGUGGAACUCUGACUUGGCUGAAACGCUUGAAUUGCAAAAUUUGUUAGCCAAUGCUCAAAUGACCAUUGUGGCUGCUGAGAAUCGCAAAGAAUCACGAGGUGCACAUGCGCGUGAGGAUUACAAGACACGUAUUGAUGAAUAUGACUACAGCAAGCCACUUGAAGGCCAACCGAAAAUACCUUUGGAUCAGCAUUGGCGUAAGCACACAUUGACAUGGGUGAGCGGUGAUGCAGGCAACGUCACAAUCAAAUACCGUGAAGUCAUUGAUAAGACUCUGGACGAUACUGUAGAAACUGUGCCUCCAGCAAUACGCUCCUAUUAAAACCAACAUAAAAUAAAACCUGUAUUCGCUUGGACCAUCAGCACGACGAUUGCCACAAGUUGGCUAUGGAUGGAGACACGUACAUUUGUUUUUAAAUGUCAUUUUAAGUUAUUCCUAAAUAGGUAAAACGUUUUGUGCUCCUUUGUUUCGUUAAAAGUUUCAAACGAGCCGAAUUUAAAUUUAUAGACGCUAUUAAAGCAGCCAGUAAACGCCUCUCCCCUCUACUUAAAAAACUUUUUAUUUAUUAAAUGAAAAUAACAAUGAUGUGCUCCCAAACAGCAUAUACACACUCGCAACACUUCUAAAUGUAUUUUGCAUUGCAUACUUAAUAAUAUCCAUUUAUUUUUUACUUGAUAUUUAAAUUUUAAGUAUGUAUAUAACGCACGCGAAAGCUAAGUAAAGUCGCUCGUACGAUAACUCAACACUGUCUACUAUUCCCCUAUAUUCUACUAGAAGUGGUGUGGGAUGUAGUUGUAGCAUGUUUUUGCUACUUCUAGUAAUUUGUUAAAAUUUAUUAAAUUAUUUACCUAAACAUAAUGAUUUAACGAUAAUGAAGAGGAAGGAGAAAAUUGUAUAUGAAAGUCUACUGAAAAAUAAAAAGCAACAAGAAUGGAUAUUUUUAAAACAGGAAAAA